GAGCUCGCGGGCUGGAGCGCACACUGCCAUGAACUUCGGAGCGUAACUUUGCCGCUUUUCUCGCCUUUCGGACGGGCUGGAAAACUAUUAAGAGACAUAUUAUUUUUCCUUAUCACAGCAAACAGCACUGGGAGAAUUUAGUUGCACAUUUUCGACUUUCCCCAGCACAUUUAAACCAGCAUGUCGUCGGCGGCGGUCGCUGCCUCGCGCAGGCAGUCGUGUUAUUUGUGCGAUCUGCCCCGCAUGCCAUGGGCGAUGAUCUGGGAUUUUACCGAACCCGUGUGCCGCGGAUGCGUCAACUACGAGGGAGCGGACCGGAUCGAGUUCGUCAUCGAGACCGCCCGACAGCUGAAGCGGGCGCACGGCUUCCAGGAGGGCAGAUCCCCGGGACCCGUAGGAAAACCCGGGAAGGACAUGCAGCCCCUCAAUCACACGGAACCGGGCACGCGUCCGCCGCAGCCGCUGGAUCGGUACCCGCUUGCGUCGGACAGACCCCCCAGACUGGGUCCGGAGUACCAGGCGGGCGGGCGGCAAGUGAACGGGAUCCCGGUGCCGAACGGAUUCCCGAAGCCCGAAGAACCCCCGGAGCUGAACCGCCAGAGCCCGAACCCGCGCAGGACCGGCGCCGUGCCUCCCAAUCUGGUGCCGCUGGUCAACGGGACGCUGCCUCCGGUGCAUGCGCUCAACGGGAGAAAUGUACAGAUGGGGAUCCCCCCGGGCGCGUUAACGGCGGAGCAUAUGGGCAAGCGAGGGGACGAUAUGAAGGAUAAACAUGACGCGAGCGACGGACACAAACGCGUCGAGGACUGGACGCAGAAAGGCAAGACGGUUCGAGACCUGAUGGCGCUGCAGACGCUCGACUCGCGCUUCAAGAAGGAGCAUGCAGCGCUGCAGCACCGCAUGGGCUAUGAGAGCUCCAGUGCCUUAAAAACAGACCGAGCUAAGCACUCUCGUGGCAUUAAAAGGAAACCCUCUCCUGAGCCAGAUGGGGAGGGCAAUGCUGCUAAGCUCAACGGGGAGGGUCAGCCGUGGUUACCGUCUCCAUCUGACGUGCUGAAGAUGCCCUCCGCGGCCUUGCCAGGAUUUGUGGCCGCACCACCAUCGACUAUCUCCCCACACUCACGCACCACCCCGCCCGAGGCGGCUACUGCCGUGCAGAGCGGGCAGUCGCCUAUGGCCGCCCUUAUUUUGGCUGCGGAUAACGCAGGCGCUGGCACCGGUUCGCCCAAAGAUGGCAACCAGGUGCACUCCACUACGACUGUGGCCGCAGGGCGGCGAAACAGCGGAAGCCCUCAGUCGCGACUUGCCCAAAGGGACGGUCUGGGGGUGUCAGGCACGGCGACGGCGCAUGUGCCAGGCAUGGACCCGCAGGGCGGGCACGCACAGAGCAUUCCGGAUUCCUCUGUGCCCCCUGGCAGCGUGCCGUUGUGUUGCACCCUGUGUCAUGAACGCCUCGAGGACACGCAUUUCGUCCAGUGCCCAUCCGUGCCAUCACACAAGUUCUGUUUCCCGUGCUCCCGCGAGAGUAUCAAACAGCAGGGGGCAACGGGUGAGGUGUACUGCCCUAGUGGGGAGAAAUGCCCGCUGGUGGGUUCCAAUGUUCCCUGGGCGUUCAUGCAGGGCGAAAUAGCCACCAUUCUGGCUGGGGACGUAAAAGUGAAAAAGGAGCGGGACCCUUGAUUUCGUGGUUCUCACUUUUCUUCUUUGAUUUUUUACAAAAACAAACAAAACGACAAGCAUUUACAAUUUCAAAUGAUCAUACAUGGUAAAUCAUACUGCAUACCAUCCGGAUGAGAACUAACGGACUUGUACAUAAGAACUUAGGGGAACUGUACACUUCGUAAACAUGGCUGUAUAAUUUUCUUGAUUUUUCCCUUUUUUGAAUACAUUGUGUUUCUAAAUUUUUUCGACGAUAAAAUGGUAUGUACGCACUAUAAUGGACUAUUUUUGCCUCCUUUCUCCUCCCAUUCAGUGGUUGUUCCAAGCGAACUCAGUGUACUAGUUGAACUGGUGGCAGUCCAUGUUUAAACACAGAAUGUGACUAAUACUCUAUAAGCACUUGGCAAAAACUCAAACGCUUCUAGCUGUAUUGUAUGCACUUGUUUAAAAUUGCCAAAUACAAUUUCUGACCUUGUAAUAACAA